AUGACUCUGUUUGUCCAAGUAAUGAGGAAAAAAACCAAACCCCGCUUCAAAACAAUAGAGAGGGGUAGUCUGGUGGCAGGGUCGGGCGGAGGUGGCCCAUGGGCAGCUCAAUGGUGGCGGCUGGGUGGCAUGGCGGUGGUCAGGCGAUGGGUUCCAGUGGGCAUGGGUGGUGGUCGGGAAGCACAGGGAGUAGCCGGCAAGGGAGAGCACCGGCGGUGGCGACGGCAGCGGCAGGAAGGGCGGUCGGGAAGCACCUGCGAUAGCGGGGAGAGCACCAACAUCGGUGGGGUGGGCCCAGCACUAGAUGGAAGGGACCGGUGGGGAGGUGGGUUCGGCGGAGGCCAGGGUGCUGCGGCAGGGAGAAGGGUCGUAGGCGGGGUCGGGGAGGAGCUGCGACAGCGAGGCUGGCGGGGGCCAGAGGGCGUCGGCAGCGGCCGGAGGCCGGUAGGCAGCGGGGCCUAA